AUGACCUCGCCCAGCAUGAGACUUGUGGAGCAGCCAGCCCACAUCACUGCUCUAGAGAUUCUGGGCGAGAUAUGCCUGCUCGCUUCGCUGAAGUUCAAUUUUGCAUUCAAAAAUGAUUUCCGUUUCGUUUCGUUACGAUAUGCAGCCAAUCUGCCCGGCAUUACGGUCGCCCUGCAGCUGGUCAGCGCCAUCCGGCAGAAGUGCACACCCGAGGAGGUUGUCAACAUACUGAAGGAGAUACCCAACACCGGCUACAGCGGCGAGGAGAUGUCCGACGGCAGCUUCAAUGCACUCAAAAUCGAUGUCUUUGUGCAGACGCUGCUCAAUUUGGGCUCCAAGUCGUUCUCCCAUAGCUUUGCGGCCAUAUCGAAAUUUCAUUCGGUAUUCCGUGCACUGGCCGAAACGGAGGAGGCCCAGAUCUGUAUACUGCAUAACAUAUUUGAGCUCUGGUCCUCGCACCAGCAGAUGAUGGUGGUGCUGAUCGAUAAGCUGCUCAAGCUGCAAAUAGUCGACUGCUCGGCGGUGGCCACAUGGAUAUUCUCCAAGGAAAUGACCGGCGAAUUCACAAAAAUGUAUCUCUGGGAAAUACUGCAUCUGACCAUCAAGAAGAUGAACAAGCACGUCAUCAAGCUGAAUACUGAGCUAAGUGAAGCCAAGGAAAAGCUCUCCAAGGCGGACUCAUCGUCCAGCGAUACGGAUGAGGAUACGCCGCACAAACGCAAGAAACCCAUCACGCAUGCCGAUAAGCCAUCCGAGGAGGUCGUCGAGCGCAUGGAGGAGAAACUGGAGGCUGCCAAUGUGAAUCAGAAACGUUUGUUCCUGAUCGUCUUUCAGCGCUUCAUCAUGAUACUAUCCGAGCAUCUGUUGCGCUCCGAUACAGAUGGACGCGAUCCGGACACGGAUUGGUAUCGGUGGACCAUCGGUCGCCUGCAGCAGGUCUUCCUUAUGCAUCACGAGCAAGUGCAGAAAUAUAGCAGCACGCUGGAGACGCUUCUCUUCACAUCCGAUCUGGACUCCCACAUAUUGGAGGUGUUCCAGCAGUUUGUCGCACUGCGCGCCUAACAGACUUCAAUGACAAGAACAACAAAAUCAACUA